UUGUGACGUAGGCUCCCCUUUCAGCUGUGACACGCACUGCAAGAAGCCACCGCUUCCCUUUUCACCCGCGCACUCGGCGAAGGGAGGAGAAGUCGCUCGCUUCUCGAAGGCCUAUACCAUAUUGUAAUCAUGUUCUCUAAACUGACCUGUCUGCAGUCCUUUGGUGUUCUCCGUCGGGGAGUUCAUGCUUCAGUGAGUUCAGCAACAUCUGUUGCUACUAAAAAAACAGUCCAAGGCCCACCCUCAUCUGAUUAUAUUUUUGAACGUGAGGCCAAGUAUGGUGCACAUAACUACCAUCCACUUCCUGUUGCACUACAAAAAGGAGAAGGAAUUUAUGUGUGGGAUGUAGAAGGGAAAAAAUACUUUGACUUCUUAAGUGCAUACAGUGCUGUCAAUCAAGGCCAUUGUCACCCAAAGAUUGUAGCUGCUCUGAAAUCCCAGUGUGACAAACUUACCCUUACGUCCAGAGCGUUUUAUAAUGAUGUGCUUGGUGAAUAUGAAGAGUAUGUAACUAAAAUGUUCAAAUACAACAAGGUGCUUCCAAUGAACACAGGUGUGGAGGCUGGUGAAACGGCCUGUAAGCUGGCUCGUAAAUGGGCAUAUACAGUGAAAGGAAUUCCAAAAUACAAGGCAAAGGUUAUUUUUGCAGCUGGCAACUUCUGGGGAAGAACACUUUCUGCUAUCUCGAGUUCCACAGAUCCUUCCAGCUAUGAUGGGUUUGGCCCAUUUAUGCCUGGUUUUGAAGUAAUUCCUUACAAUGACUUGCCAGCUCUUGAGCGUGCACUUGAGGACCCAAAUGUAGCAGCUUUCAUGGUGGAACCAAUUCAAGGUGAAGCUGGUGUGAUUGUUCCUGAUAAAGGUUACCUAACAGGGGUGCGAGAACUUUGCACAAAGAAUAAUGUUCUCUUUAUCGCUGAUGAGAUUCAGACUGGGCUAGGUAGAACUGGGAAAAUGCUGGCUGCUGAUCAUGAAAAUGUUAGACCUGAUAUGAUACUGCUUGGAAAGGCCCUGUCUGGAGGUCUUUAUCCUGUUUCAGCAGUACUAUGUGAUGAUGAAAUCAUGCUCACCAUUAAACCAGGAGAACAUGGUUCUACAUAUGGAGGGAAUCCACUGGCCUGCCGGGUGGCCAUGGCAGCACUUGAGGUAAUUGAAGAAGAAGACUUGGUGAAAAAUGCAGAAAGCAUGGGCAACUUGCUGAGGAAUGAACUUAUGAAAACGCCAUCGGAUAUUGUGGCCUGUGUCAGAGGAAAAGGAUUAUUGAAUGCUAUUGUUAUACGGCAAACUAAAGAAUGUGAUGCCUGGAAGGUGUGCCUGCGACUCCGUGACAAUGGACUACUCGCCAAACCAACACACGGUGACAUCAUCCGGUUGGCUCCCCCACUAGUGAUCCAGGAGGACGAGAUCAGAGAGUGCACUGAAAUUAUUCACAAAACCAUUUUAUCUUUUUGAAGGCAUCUGAUUCAAAGCGUGCUUGCAGGUUGCUUCCAUUGUGUUACUACAAAAGCAGUGCUCUGGAACUCCUCUCCCUCCAUAUCUUUUCCCUUUUAAUGAUUUUCAUCCUGUUGGGGGUGAAAACCCAAUCCCUCUUAGAUCAGAUAGUUUACCUUUUUCAUAACGGACCCAAAGAAAUGGGGUUUUGCUGCAAUGUGACUUUGGAAAAUUUAUUAGGCUUUGUUCAAUGGAUUAUGCAUUUGAAGUGUCUGAGAACAUUUCCUUACAUUUCUGCCAAAGUAUAAAUUAUAUUACUCUAAAGUACCAAAUGCUAAAACCUUAAGAAGCUAUUUAAACAAAAUAAUCUUUGACACCUCUUUGGAGGGCAUCAACCUUACUGUCGGUAUUAAGACUUGUAUCAUGUCAGGAAAAAUUUGGAAAUGAAUAUCUUUUCAUAAAAAUAGAUCAGACAGGAUUAUGUAUUGGUAAAUGUUUUGUUACUGUAACUAGCAAAUAUUGGUUUUAAAAUUAAGAUUUAUGUUCUGUUGGCAUUAAAUGCUGAUUCUAGAACAUGUGAUCUUGUCUGGGGGAUUAUAAAAGAAACCUGAAUGUAAAGGUGAAGUCUGAGUUAAUAUCCAUAGCACAGAAGCUUUGUUAAUACAAAAAAGGUUACUGUAAUACAAAUAUCUCAGAAAAUAACUUUGUUAUCAAAAACUAUCUCAUACCUUUAAAAGGAAAUAAUAGCUUGACUCUUUCAGUGGUGGCAUUUUAUAGUAUAUGAGCUUAAAGUUGGCUCAUUCUCCGUUAUCUUGCUUUCUUCUCUCUGUUGAAGAACAAUAUUUACAUCCAUUUGUUACAUCCAAGUAAUUAAGGGGCCGUUCCCAAUUUUGCCAUUGCAACACAUUCUGUAGCAUGUUACUGUUGAAUAAAAUAUAGAAGAUAUUUUGAUACUGCA